GAGGAUAGGGGCUGAGGAUUAAAAUCGGAGAUUGAGAGAGCAAUGAGAGGUGUCGGAGGUCCGUUGCUGUCAAUCGGAGAUCUUCUCGCCGAUCUCGGUGAUGAAACUGGCCACUCCCCGCAAAAUCAUCCAAAUCCUGAAGUUUCAUCAAAAUCAUACUCUGAUGAUACCAUCUCUGGACCCUUGGAUCUAACCCGACUCUUUCAGGAGAACUAUGAUAAACUUAACGAUGCGUUUGCUGGUUCUGAUCACUCAUGGACCUCCCUAACAUUAGAGCUCUGCACUUCCCUAGAGACUGCUAACAAGUUGGUCCAUGCCACAACCACAAAUGCUAGAUUGUUGUCAGAGAAGGUUGAAGAACUCGAGAAAAUAGUGAAACGAGGAGACUCAGCAGUCGCAGCUGCCAGAACGGUUCACGCCACGGUUAACCAGAAAGGAUUACCCUCUACGUGAUCAGUUAGGACAUAUAACAAACAUCAUAUAAUGCUUUACCAAGGUACAAACCAACCUGUUGGGUUUCUAUUACUAAAUCUUUGCAAGUAGGCUCCAUGAUUUUGUUAAAUAACUUGAAGAACCUUCAUAUAUUGAAUCAUUUAAAGAUAUAAAUGUAUAAUCUUUUGACAUUAAUGGAAGCGCAAGCAUAUAUUUAAUUGGAUUAUUGGAGAAUGUAGGGUUUGGUUCUACGGUCUGAUAAUAUAUAUCUGUGAAAUUACAUUGAAUGUGACUAGUGACCAUCUGAUUUUUUGCUUGUAAUCAACUUGUAAACUACUUAAAUUGCGUCACUGCUUGUGUCACUUGUGACUUGUUCCAACUUCUAAACCAAAACCU